AUGUCACAAUCACCUAGAAAUUCUUAUCAACGAAAUGUCAGUGGUGAGAAUAUAGUUCUGGUAUCAAGCUCUUCAUCAGAAGAUGAAAAUGAAGAUAUCAGUUUGUUGCAUUUUCGCCAUAGUUUAUCUACAGACAGACGUACCAUACGGGAGCUUGUUCUGGAGGGUAAAAGACUUCUGGCCCUUGCAGAAGCAAAAUCUUGUCCAGAAGAUUUCAGAACUGAUGCAUCCACGUUAUAUAGAUACAACUUUUCAUCAGCUGUGACUGGCAAUGAUUUGUUUAGAGAGAGAGAACUAGCAGAACUACUUGAUUUGGUUUCACUUUUGAAAAUGCGCCUCAGUGCAGAACGAGUGUUUUCUCUUGGAAAUCCACAGCUUCGUUCUGAGCAAGCUGUGUUUGAUGAAUUGUUGAUGCAUUUUUCUGAUGAACUUCUCGAUUUAGGACAGAGCAUUCGUUCUGUUGGCACUAGAGAUGAAUCUACUUCAGCUAAUGCAGGUUUCCAGUCAUCUACAGAUCCUGGGAGCUCAAGGUUGAUUGUGAAUAUUGAUAGUGAAAUAAAUAAUUCAACUGCUACCCAGAUUGAAAAUUCAUUCACACAGCAUUUUAGUAUUCAAAAUGCUUCAGCAACAGACCCUUUAAAUGCAACUGUAGGAGAAACACAGAAUGGGCUAGUUUCAGUUGGGCUGCAUGAAAAUAUUUCUACUAAUUCAUCACGCGCUGAGGGUCAGUUACUGCAGGAUAUAAAUAUCUCCAGCCUUGAAGAUUUUCUAGCAAAAGUUAGGGAACUCAGUUCGCUUGCAAGUCUCACUCAGACAGUUUCUAACAGCGUCAGUACCUCGGUACCAUAUAACAUUUUCCUGGAAAUUCAAAGAUCUCUUUCUUCAAUUAUGGGAACAACAUCCACACAGACGAAUCAGUCAUCACUUAGGCAGGUGAAAAGGAAGCGGAGUGAGGAGGACAACUGUGAGGUCGCUAAGAAAUCCAAAGCAAAGAAUGAGGAUAGCAGAGUUGAUGAUGAGGACAAAGAGGAAGAUAGCUGUUCUAUUUGCCUAGAAGCCUGGUCUACUGGGGGUGAUCAUCGUGUGACUUGCCUUAAAUGUGGCCAUCUUUUUGGAUACAGCUGCAUUGUUAAGUGGGUUGAACAGGCACACUGUUGUCCACAGUGCAAGGCUUUAGCCAAGAAAAGUGACAUGAGACACAUCUUUGUCCGUAAAAUCACAGCAGAAGAUACCUCUCAAAGAGACAGAGCUUUGAGGCUGUUAGAAGAGGAAAGAGCAUCCAAGAGAAUUAUAGAACAAAAGGAAGCAAUGACUAGGAAAAAGCUUGAAACUCAAGCAAGUGAUAUAGAUGCCCUUAAAGCCGAAGUAUUCCAGUUAAAAGCCCAGUUGUCAGAUACUGGAGGAUGUUUUCGAUUGCAAGGUUCUGUUCUGCCUACAGCAAGGACCAUCAUUUCGAGCAGUCAGUCAGCGAACAGCAAACGUUUUCAUCCAUUCCAGAGAAUUUCCAUUUCUCCAGAAGGCAGCUGUCGAGUUUUUGAUCAGUGCAAAGAAUUGGGCCUGCUUGUUGCCUCACAGAAGUCACCCAAUGCUUUGUUUCGAGGCUAUGGGAUCAAGAUCUUAACAAGGGACUUCAGGUCUUUGUCCUACCAACCUCUUCAUACAGCUCCAAUCAGAGACAUGUGCUUCCGGCCCAGUGCUUUUGAUGGCUUGUUGCUGAGCUGUGGGCUUGACAAGUGUUUACAGUUGUCCAGUGCCACCACUAAAGUGGUUGUUCAGAAAUACACUGUGAACAGUGCAGUAUGGUGCUGUGCCUGGAAUACACAGAACACUAACUUGCUUUAUGCAGGUAUGGAGAGAGGUGUUGUUAGAGAGUUUGAUAUCAGGCGUACAGACUGCCACGUUCAAGAUGUGGUGGACUAUGGAGGAAGCCCCAUCACCAGCAUCCAGUUUUGGAAUGGUCAGGUGGACGGAAACAACCUUCAAGGUUUGCUGAUAGCUCAUCUGCAGAGCCUGAUAUUUGCGGAACAAACCAGUGAACAAUAUACUGCACACCAUCUGCCUCAUUUACAGGCACCAUUGAUGAGUCUCAGUUUACAUCCAAGUGGGAAAUACCUGUCUUCAUUUAGACCUGGCACCAGCUUUCCAAGAUGUAGAUAUGAGAUCUGUAGUUUGUGCCAAGGCACUGUGGAAGGCCUGCCGGCACCUGUCUCAUCAAGCUGCCAGGCAAACUGGGAAGGAAGCAACAUGCAGGCUGUCAUCAGUCGCAACUGUCUCAUGAGUAAACCAGAAUCUGAGGACAGUCUGCUAGCAAUCACAGCUAAUCAUUCCAAUAACACA